ACAGGUUUUGGCGGGAAUCUACAAAUCAUUCCCCGCCAUAUCUUCCCGUUAUUGACCCCUACUCACCAGUUACCGCCCUUUCUGUAUCACUCACUCUUGCUUCUGUAUCUGAUUUUCUCCGACAACCAAAUCUAUGGCUUCCGAUUCUUCUCCGAAUUUCAACAACGGUCCUUCUUCCCCCGACGACUCCCUUUCCAGCCCCAUCGGCAACACCUUCUCUUCUCCGGGAAGUAGGCGCCGCCGCCGCCGCUCCUCCACUCCCUCCGCAUUCGCCACUCCGUCGGAGCGUCGAUCUCGAUUCGCCUCCUCCGAAGCCACCCCAACCGCGCCGCGCUCCCGCCAUGGCGUCGGCGGAGGUGGGCGCGUUCCCGUCACACCUACAUCCACAACAGAUGACGCGGCGGCCUCGUCUGACGGCGGCGAUGGCUACGACAUGGACGACGCCAGGCCCACCUUUGUGUGGGGCACUAACAUAAGCGUGGAAGACGUGAACGAUGCGAUUCACAGGUUUUUGAGGGACUUUAGGGAAGUGUCUUCGUCGCAGGGUGAGGAUGACGGGUUGAACUUGCACACCGAAGGGAAGUAUGAGAAAUUGAUCAGACAGGUUAUUGAAGUUGAAGGAGAUUCUCUUGACGUUAAUGCGCGUGACGUGUUUGAUCAUGACCCUGAUUUGUACACCAAGAUGGUUAGAUACCCACUUGAGGUGCUUGCUAUCUUUGACUUGGUUUUGAUGAAUAUGGUUAGCCGAUUGAAGCCGAUGUUUGAGAAGCACAUUCAAACUCGGAUUUUCAAUCUCAAACACUCAACCUCAAUGAGAAAUUUGAACCCUUCUGAUAUUGAGAGGAUGGUGUCAUUGAAAGGAAUGAUUAUAAGGUGUAGUUCAAUUAUACCUGAAAUUAGGGAAGCCAUAUUUAGGUGUCUUGUGUGUGGAUUUUGCUGUGACCCAAUUCCUGUGGAGAGAGGACGAAUAACGGAGCCCACUAGAUGUCUGAGGGAAGAAUGUCAAUCCAGGAACUCCAUGACACUUGUUCACAACCGAUGCAGGUUUACUGAUAAGCAAAUUGUGAGGCUCCAGGAGACACCUGACCAGAUACCUGAAGGAGGAACACCUCACACAGUUAGCUUGCUGCUACAUGAUAAGCUGGUGGAUACUGGAAAGCCAGGUGAUAGAGUUGAGGUGACUGGUAUCUAUAGGGCUAUGAGUGUUAGGGUUGGGCCAACUCAGAGGACUGUUAAGUCAUUGUUCAAGACAUAUAUUGAUUGUCUUCACAUAAAGAAGACCGAUAAAUCUAGGAUGCAGGUAGAGGACGCUAUGGAUAUUGAUAGUGGCCCUGGCAGAAAUGAAGAGGAAGUUGUCUUUGAAGAAGAUAAAGUGGCUCGAUUGAAGGAGAUCUCGACACGGCCAGAUAUAUAUGAAAUACUGACAAAGUCAUUGGCACCAAACAUCUGGGAGCUAGAUGAUGUGAAGAAAGGUCUUCUUUGUCAGCUUUUUGGUGGCAAUGCAUUGAAAUUGGCUUCUGGUGCCAGCUUCCGUGGUGAUAUAAAUAUUCUCCUAGUUGGUGAUCCUGGGACUAGCAAGUCCCAGCUACUCCAAUACAUACACAAACUAUCUCCACGUGGCAUUUACACCAGCGGAAGGGGAAGCUCUGCAGUUGGAUUGACAGCAUAUGUAGCCAAGGACCCUGAAACAGGAGAAACUGUUCUUGAGAGUGGUGCCCUUGUUUUGAGUGACCGAGGUAUCUGUUGUAUUGAUGAAUUUGACAAAAUGUCUGAAAAUGCAAGGAGCAUGUUACAUGAGGUGAUGGAACAACAAACCGUUUCAAUAGCAAAGGCAGGUAUAAUUGCUUCCCUCAAUGCUAGGACUUCGGUGUUGGCUUGUGCAAAUCCAAGUGGUUCAAGAUAUAAUCCUCGCUUGUCUGUCAUUGACAACAUACACCUUCCGCCCACACUUCUGUCCAGGUUUGAUUUAAUCUACUUGAUCCUUGACAAGGCUGAUGAGCAAACUGACAGGCGCCUUGCUAAACAUAUUGUGUCCCUACACUUCGACAAUCCCGAGAAUAUGGAGCAGGAUGUGUUGGAUCUUUCUACAUUAACAGAUUAUGUUAGCUAUGCCCGGAAGUACAUACACCCUCAACUUUCUGAUGAAGCUGCUGAAGAAUUGACUAGAGGUUACGUGGAAAUAAGGAAAAGAGGAAAUUUUCCUGGGAGUAGCAAAAAGGUGAUAACAGCAACGCCGAGGCAGAUUGAGAGUGUGAUUCGUCUAAGUGAAGCAUUGGCUCGUAUUCGCUUUUCGGAAUGGGUCGAAAAGAAUGAUGUAACGGAGGCUUUCAGGCUUUUGGAAGUUGCAAUGCAGCAGUCUGCAACGGAUCACUCUACUGGAACCAUUGAUAUGGAUCUUAUUACUACUGGAGUGUCGGCAAGUGAGAGGAUAAGACGAGAAAGUUUGCUGCAAGCAACACGCAACUUAAUCAUGGAGAAGAUGCAGAUUGGGGGACCUUCUAUGCGGUUAUUAGAGUUAUUGGAAGAAUUGAAGAAACAGGAGACUGGUGUUAGCGAAGUUCAUCUCAAUGAUCUAAGAAAUGCAAUAGCUACCCUGGCUACCGAAGGAUUUGUUAGCAUGCACGGUGACAGCCUAAAAAGAUCUUAACCGGAGGCAGGCUCUAGCCGUGUAUGCUGCUAUUUCUCCUUUAGUUUUAGAUUGUCCAAAAGCCUUAUUAACAGUAUGUAUCUUGUGCUCAUGUUUAGUACAUAUAUUUUUUAUAUUGUUUUAUACAGUGCAUUUAUAGGCCUCUUUAGAGUCAUUUUGUUUUCUUUUUA